ACCCUGUCAGUUGGGCAGAGAAGGUUGGGUGCUGUGUCGCUACGUAACAGUGGUGUGAUGGUGUAAAAUGUGGUGGCGGGUGGUGGUGUUGGCGCUGCUCGUGGCAGCGGUCGCUGGUAAAGGGAAGAAGCACCGUCAUCAAAAACCAGGUCGCGCAGUGCUAGACAGACUGAGCAGUACAACGUUGAGCGAGGUGGCCGUGACAAGUGAUCCUGGUGGAUAUCUCCCCGCACCGCUGGACGUCGCUCCGUAUUCCGUGGUCACCGCUAAUGCUACUUGUGGAGAAAACGGGGCGGAAGAGUUUUGCCGGGACACACCUGGGAAACGUGGCUUGGUAUGCGACGUCUGCGAGGGGCUAGAUGGCUCAUCAUCACGAAGACAUCCAGCAUCGUUAGCAGUGGACGGCGACCCAAACACGUGGUGGCAGAGUCCAAUCAUCACCAACGAUGAAUACCAACACGUGGAGCUCGUGGCUGCUUUGCCGGGGAAAAUGGAGCUGCUUCACGUUAUCAUAAAAUCUGGUCCAUCUCCGCGUCCCCUGGCCUGGUCUCUCGAAGUCUCUUCAACGGAAAAUGGUGACGAUUGGCGGAUGGUCCGAGCGUUCGGUGACCGGGACCACUGUCGUAAAUUAUGGGACCUUAGACCCGAAAGGCGGAGGAGGAAGGCAAGAGGGGUGAAAAGGACAAGUCGGGCAGAGAAGCCGUCUUGUUCAACGCAGUUUAUCAACUCUAAGCCACUUGAAAACGGAGAGAUGCAUGUCGGUAUAGGCGAAGGUGUGCCGGCGAGACGUGUGCGUGUAUCAUUCCGAUCUGCGCAUGCGUCGUCUCGACACAGCUACUACACCGUGCGGGAACUGACCCUCGCCGCCAGAUGCUUGUGUCAUGGACAUGCAAAACAUUGCACUGUUGAUCAAAAGAAUGUCAAAUGCGAUUGUGUCCAUGGCACAUGUGGCGCGCACUGUCAGCGUUGUUGCUCCGGAGGCGCGUGGCACCCUCGAGAGCCCUGUGACCAACUGACAGAUAGAACUGACUGCUCAUGUGGAGAACGUGGUGCCUGCUCGUUUGAUGAUACCGGUGCUAUAUUGUGUGUGAAUUGCACGGAUAACCGAGCAGGCCCACUCUGCGAUCGCUGCCUGGUGGGACAUUACAACAUCCUACCAGACGAUCCUUGUAAGGCAUGCAAAUGCGAUUCAGAAGGUUCUAACGGAUCCUGUAAGUGGGAUAGAAAGCACCAUCGAGUAAUCUGCUCCUGUAACCAAGGAUUCAAAGGCGCUCAGUGUGAUACUUGUGAGGAUCCAACUGCUACGUUUCCCAACUGUUUGGUAGAAGUGACUACCGUGGGUUGCAAGUGUGACCCUCGCGGAAUAGUCGACCCAAGCCGAGUGUGUGAUGAAGUUUGCGAAUGCAAGGCAAAUGUGAUAGGUGAGCGUUGCGAUACUUGUGCCGCGGGGCAUUUUGGAUUGAGUGCAUCGCUUGGUGCUGGCUGCGCGCCUUGCUACUGUUCCCAUGUUGCUUCGCACUGUACCGCCGACCCUAGCGAAGGACAGGAUAUGGUGUUGCCGCUGGGCGAGGCGUGGCUGAUCAGCGAUAAUGAUACAUCUGAGACUGUUCUUCCUUCUGUCGACGACCUGGGAAGACCUUUCCUGAUAAGCUACGAGGUAGAAGGCUGGGAAUCGUACUACUUCGUGUCAACACUACUUAGUGGCGAGAAUUCGGCGGCGUACGGCGGAGCAUUACAUGCUGCGGUGGCGUGGGGCGUCGCGCGCGGGGACUCGGGCGGCAGUGCCUCGCGCGCCCCCGACUACGUGCUACUCGCUAACGAUGGUACUAAAAUCUCAUAUGGUAACUCAAGCUAUGAGAUACCAGGAUUAAUAGAAUUGAAGGCACCACUGGUAGAAGGCGGAUGGUACUCCGGAUCAGAACAUCUAUCUCGUAACCAAUUUCUGGACGUUCUCAGCGAUCUCAAGGCUAUCAUGAUACGAGCGCAUUUUCACUUCGAUCAAGACGAAGUUCGUCUAGAAAGAGUUGAUAUAAAAGGCGCCCCGGCUGGUGCGCGCGAAAUAUGCUCGUGUCCGCUUGGCUACCAGGGCGCGCAGUGCACGCGGUGCGCGCCGACGCACGUCCGCCUGGCGCGCGCUCGAGGCUCCGCGCCCGCCUUUGAGUGCGUGCCCUGCGCCUGCAACAUGCACGCGGGUUGUGAUUCCGUGGACGGUCCGUGUGGGCCGUGUCAACAUAAUACUACAGGGCCGCAUUGUGAGAGGUGUCUUCCUGGACACUACGGAAAUCCUGUUCAGGGUGCGUGCAAGCCUUGUGCGUGUCCACUGUACGAGGCCUCAAACAACUUUAGCCCAAACUGCGCGCUCGCAUCGGCGGAAGGCGACGAGUUUGUCUGCACACAAUGCCCAGACGGGUACUCUGGUGACCACUGCGAACUCUGCGACUCCGGCUACUGGGGCUCGCCAAGUACUCUGGGUGGUUUAUGCGUACCAUGUGAGUGCGGUGGAGGCCCGUGCCAUGCAAGUACCGGUCGCUGUCUCGUGUGUCCUCCGCACAGCGAGGGUGAACGAUGCGAUCAGUGCCAGGAAGGUUACUGGGCAGGCGGAGGUGAGAAUAGUUCCUGCGUGCCAUGUGCAUGUGGAAGUGGUGCAUUAUCACGUGCGUGUGAUCCACGCACAGGUCAGUGCACGUGUGCGCCCGGCUGGACCGGGCACGCCUGCGACACUUGUGCAGAGGGACAUGGAGGCGUGGACGAAGGCUGCCCUCCGUGCGCAUGUGGCACAGCGGCGUUAACGCGUGCUUGCUCAGCGGCGACAGGGCGCUGCGAGUGCGCGCCGGGCGCCGCGCCGCCGCACUGCCACACAUGCCUGUCCGAACACUACGCGCUGCAGAGCACGGGAUGCUUUGGAUGCAACUGUUCGUCUGUGGGCUCGGAGAGCAACGUGUGUGACAUCCGCACGGGUCAGUGUCGAUGUCGAGCGCACGUGACCGGCCGCGCCUGCGACACUUGUGAGGAAGGAUACUGGGGCCUGGAGCGGGGCGGGUGUCGACGCUGUGAAUGUGGCGCGGGCGCUGCUGCAUGCGACCCUGUAUCGGGGCUGUGUGCCUGCUCCGUCGGCGUCGGUGGGCCGAGGUGCGACCGAUGUCUGUCGGGGUACUAUGGGUUCGGUCCGACGGGUUGUUUACCGUGUCCCAUGUGUACUGAGGGUCGCGUGUGCUCACCAAUAACCGGCCGCUGCGUGUGUCCGGCGCGCACACGCGGGCCCGGCUGCCAGCACUGCGCGCGCGGCUACUGGGGCCGCGCGGCCGGCUGCAGACCGUGCGCUUGUGGCCCUGGGACUGUAUCUGACAGCUGCGAUGCGGUGACCGGACAGUGUCGAUGCCGCGCUGGUUGGACGGGGCGCGAGUGCGGGCGGUGCGAGAGCGGGUACUUCGGGCCGCGGUGCCGACCCUGCGGGUGCUUGUCCGCAGGCACGCGGGGCUGCGAAGAUGGCGUGUGCGCUUGUGACCAGAAUGGACAAUGUCCGUGCAAGGACAACGUUGUAGGCGAGAAAUGUGACACGUGCCUGGACGGAACCUUCGGUCUGGCAGCCAGCAACCCAGCAGGCUGCACCGCAUGCUUCUGCUUCGGUCGUAGUGCUAAAUGUACGCAGGCGGAGGUUGCUCGUGCAGCGCUGCAUGCCGCGACUCCGCUGCAUCUUAAACUGCUGCGUGGGGAUCUCGGCACGAUGGACCAAGACUCUCUUCUCGCAAUCCGCACCAGCAUCCAGGAAGCCACGAUAUCUGUCCCCCGCCCACCCGUGCCGGUGUACGCGGAGCUCGGUGAGCUCUUUCUUGGCGACCAUGUCUUAUCUUACGGAGGAGCACUUCGAUUUCGGGUAGAAGAGGAGGGGGGUGAACCACUCCCUCCACACGUGAUGACUCGAUUCCCACUCGUUAGCAUAUAUGGGAAUAACAUUGUCUUGGAUUAUUAUGAGCGAGUGGCACCUGUGAACGGAUCGCACGCGGUGCACCUUCACGAGUCACUGUGGGAAGUUCGGAGUGGCCGUGCGGGGCGCGGUGGACGAGGAUCGUUGGGGAGCGCUGUGGCCUCACGAGGGGCGCUUAUGCUGGCGCUCUCCGACGUGCGUCGGUUGCUACUGAGACUAUCCACAAGAGCUCCUCUCACUGCUGAGCCGUUGCACGUGCUACUGCUGAACGUAUCGCUGGAGACGGCGAUUGCUGGUUUAUCACGCGGUGCGCCGGCACCCGGAGUCGAGCGCUGCUUGUGCCCGCGCGGGUACGAUGCGGCCUCUUGCCAACGUCCCGCCCCCGGUUUUUGGAUGCCACCCAACACACCACGCUUGCUACGAGUAGCAGGAACCAUCUUAAUCGAUGUUGAGAGUUCACGUCCUUGCGAGUGCCACGGUCGCGCUGUCGGAUGUCAUCCAAACACGGGAUAUUGUGUGAACUGUACAAACAACACAUCGGGUCCGCACUGCGAGCGCUGUGCGGAGGGAUACUAUGGAACUCCCGAGCGCGGCUGCGAGCCGUGCCCUUGCCCAACGCGGGAGCUGUCGCGAGCUACUGCGUGUGCAAUGGCCCACGGAAGAUUGCAGUGCUAUUGUCAGCCCGGCUACUCGGGUGCGUCGUGCGAGCAGUGCGCGGUGGGCUGGCGGCGACGCGGCGCCGAGUGCGUGCGCUGCGCAUGCGACGCGCGCGGCUCGCUUUCCCCGCGGUGCGACGCCCGCGCGCGCUGCCACUGCCGCGCGCACGCGGCCGGAGAGCGCUGCGAGCUGUGCGCGCGGUCCGGCCACUAUUUGGACGAAGAUGGAUGCAAACCAUGCGAUAAUUGCACGCAGACGUUGCUGAAAUCGAUGGAGGAAAUGACGAAAGACCUAUCACGCGUUGAUCUCACAGAACUCAGCAGGAUACCACAACCUUUCCCGGCAGUACGAGAAUUUUCAAAUAACGCAUCUAAUUUAAACACAGAACUGCAGCACUCGAAGAAAAUUCUGGAAGAUGCCAAACAUCUGAAUCAUUCUAUUAACGAGUUGGAGGUAGCAGAACAUGAGCUAUUUACUUUGGCAAAUAAAUUAAAACUAGAUGCUUCUAGAAGAGAGAUGGAAGCUCAGUCAUUAAGUUUGGAGAGUAUGAGUGGGCUGGAAGAGGUUUUAAAACAAAAGAGAUUUAUAGCCCUGCAAGUAGCGGCAUUAGAUGAUUUCGCUAGAGGAGAGAAGCACUUGAGUGCCCACAGGGCGAUUAAAGAGGCGAGACAUUUAUUGAAGACAAUUAAGGAACUAAGUUUAAUAGAUUACAUUGCUGGAGCGACUGAUGUGUCCGAUUCGGCAAAUUUACAAUCGACAUCCGUACAAGAAUACAACUAUCGCAUCGAAGACGCACUGAAACGUAUCAAUAAGAUGCAGUCUGAACUCGACGAGUGGGAGAGGAAGGCGGAGGACCUUCCCAGACUAGCUGAGGUUGUAUGGAGUGCGGGCGACAUCGUUGCGGAAAUGAAGAAGCGAGUCAUACCCAGGCUGUCUAGCGUGAGGGAUGUUGGACUACGUUGUCGCUUGGUGUUAGAGGACGUGUCAAAAAUAUCAACAAACAAUCUAACUGAGGACACCCGAGUCGACAUACUCCAUACACAGAACCUCGCGGUGUCCUUUCCUAUUCUACUUUCCGAGCUUCAGAACCUCACCUCGAGCGCUGAAGAGAAGGAAGGCAUCUUGUACAAUCUGACUCCGAAGUACAAGGAGAAGUACCUUGACGUGGUGAAGAAGCACGUUGCAACGUUAGCAGAGAAAGCUAAAGAGUAUAAGAAUUUGUUUGCGGGAACGCGAGCAGUAGCAUCGGCGGGUGUUCAGGCAGCUCGGGCUUGGACCGAAGUGACAGAGCGCGUGCGGGAGGCCGCCGCCGCCGCCCACGCCGCGAGCGUCGCCGCCACAACCGCCGCCAAGCUGGCAAGAGGCCAGCAGCCGCUCCUGGUCGCCGCCGAGACGGAAAACGCAGCCUCCGACGCACUCAGGAGACGAGGGAAAGAGCUGAUAGCGAAGGCUGACGAACUCCGCCGUCACCUGGAGGCGGCGCAGCGCGGUACGGACGCGGUGAGCGUGGGGCUGCGUGCGCUGGGCUGGCGCGAGCGCGCGCUGGCGAGCGGCGCGGAGGGCGGAGCGGCGAGCGGGGCGGGCAGCGCGGCGGUGGGGGCGCUGCGACUCGCGAGCGCGCAGGCUGAGCGCGUAUUUGCGAGCAGCCGAGCUCUCUACGAUGAAGCGGCUGAGACGAGGCGACGGGUGCGCUACCAGUUGCGGAGGAACCUGGCCGCGCUGCAGCGCCUCGGGGACACCGCGCUCGGGGCCGCCGAGGAGCAUGUGUCCCAGAUCCGCGGGAACACCCUCCGCGGUCGGGAAGUAUCUGAAGCGUUAGCUGCGGCGGCGGGAGCACGGGCCCGCGAGCACACCGCAGCGGCACACGUGCUCGACCCAGCACUACGAGCACUGCGCGAACAAGUAGAAAGGGCAAGACAUGCUGCUACCACGAUAACAGUAUCGCUGCGGUCGGCCGGCGGCUGCGCGCGCGCGUACGCGGCGUGGAGCGCGCCCGCCGCCACUCGCGCCACGCUCGCGCUCAGCUUCGAUUCCGCCGUGCACGACGGCACGCUGCUGUACUUGCCCGACCGAGAUUCAGAGCGAUAUAUGCGUCUAUCGGUUGAGAAGGGCAAGUUGACUUUGCGGUGGGAUGUGGGUGGUGGAGAGGGCGUGGUGACUCAUCCCGAACCGUUGCAACCCACCUUGGAUGACGCAGAUCACACAACUUACCGUCUGUAUAUAGAGAGAGUGUGGGGCACGGUGCGGAUGCGCGUGGAGCGCUCGGGUGGCGCCGCGCUCACCUCCAGCAACAGCACCGGCAGCGCGCCGGGCGCCGGCCUGCUGCGGCCCGCGCUGUGGUGGCUGGGUGAAGCCGGAGCGCCGCUGCCGGCCUGCGUGCACUCGCUCCACGCCGACCAUGCCGCGAUAGGCCUCUGGGCUUUCACCAAACAGCCCGCCACAGCGCGGUGCACUGGCUGCACGCAAAGAUGGUUCAGUGAGGGCCGCGGCAGCGAGGGCCUGGUGUGGCUGGGCGGCGCGGGCUACGUGGCGCUGCGUCGCUCGCGCCGCGCCGCCGACCGCCGGCGUUUCAGCCUCGCGCUGUCCUUCCGCACCACCGACGCGGACGCGCUGCUGUUCCUCGCGCACGACCAUGCAAACAACCGCUCGGUGUCGGUGUGGGUGCGGUCGUGUCGCGUGGUGUUCCUGGUGGUGUACGGUGCGGCGCGACUGCAGAUCGCGGCGGGCGGUCGGCACUGCGACGGUCGGCCCGCGCACGUGCAGGCCACGCGCGUCUUUAACGGCCUGGAGAGAGGCAGCCUGCGCGUGAACGGCGAAGAAACCCUCGGGUCCCCCUCACCACCCGUCCAGUCUGCAGCGGAAUUACCGGAGCUGUCCAGCUCUACUUAUUGGGUGGGUGGUUUGCCUCCUGAGGGUGAGAACUUGGGAUACGACUCACUGCCACUGCUGGGGUGCAUAGGUGGACUCAUGGUGGAUAGAGAAGGGUACGACUUGCUGGAUACGCCCGCACGACAUGGAGUCGAACCUGGGUGUGCUGCAAGGCCCCUCCGCUCAGCGGUGCUGGAGGGCGAGGGUUACAUCGAGCUGGCGUCACCGGCCGUGCGCCGCAAGACCACACUCGGCGUGUCGUUCCGCGCGCGCGCGCCGUCCGGCGUGCUGCUGUACCGCGCGCCCGUGCUCGCUCUCGACGACAACGAGGUGGAGGACGAGGAGGACGACCACCACUAUCUGAUCCUCGCCCUUAUUAAAGGUGAAUUAGAAUUAAAGGCAAACGUCGGAAAGGGAGAACUUUUAUUGAGAAUAAACGGUACAAAAUUUGAUGAUGGCGUCCUCCACACGGUGCAGCUGAUCCGAGCUCAUAAACAAAUGGAAGUAUGGGUGGACGAGAAGCUGGUGGGUCGCGGUACUUUGGCUGGGGGAGCGCUCGCGGCGCGUCCUCGCGGUCUUUAUGUAGGAGGAGCUCCACCCACUAGUGACACCACGUCCCCGAACCUCUCCGUCGGCGGGUUCACUGGCACGAUUGCUGACCUUAUUGUGGAUACAACCUGGGUGGGCUUGGAGACUAGCAUACGACGUCGAGGCGCGCGGCUGGGGCGAGCGGACGGAGAGCUGCGCGCCGCGCCGCCCGCCGAGCCGCGCGCCUUGCACGCGCAGCCCGACCGCGACCGAGAUUGUGCCAAGAUGUCAUCGUAUACAGUGGAGGCGGGCGCUGUUAAGUUCGGGGACACACCCGGGAGUUACGCGACCCUGCGUCUAGGAAAGGACAAGGAUAGGGGGGCGAAGGCAGAGUUUUCAUUCUCCCUGCAGCUCCGCACAUUCGCCAGCGAGGGCGUGAUCAUGUUAUUACCGGGCUCCAAAUUAAAACCGAAGCACUACACGGCGUUGUCGCUUCGCGAGGGCCGCGCGCGCCUCGUGCUGCGCGGGCGGCGGCGGCGCGACCUCACGCUGGCCGCCCGCCUCGACGACGGACUGUGGCACACGGUGUCCGUACGCAUCUCCCGCGGCCGCGUGACGCUGUCGAGUUCGGGCGCGGCCGCCAGUGCGCGCGCGCCGCCGCACUCGCGCGCCGCCAGGCUGUUCGUGGGCGGGCCGCCGCCGCAGGCGCUGGCGCCGCACGUGCCGCAUGCGGCGGUACGGGGUGGCGGACUGGUGGGCUGCGUACGACGCGUUUCCCUCAACGGACGCACCGAGGACCUUGUUCGAGACGCGCGCACACAUUCUGCAGUGGGGCAGUGCUUCCCACGCGUCGAACGAGGCGCAUAUUUCGCGGGUGACGCAUAUGCCGAGUGGCCCGACGGUUGGACCGGUGGGGAGGGUGAGGGUGAGUCGGUAGAAAUCAGGCUGCAGUUCCGAGCGGCGGCCGCCUCCGGCGUGCUAGCGGCCGCCGCCGGCGCUCUGCUCGAGCUGAAAGAUGGACUGGUGGUGAUCACGAGCGGCGGGUCGCGCGUGGAGUCCGAGCGACGCGUGUGCGACGGGCAGUGGCACGCGGUGCGCGCGCGGCUGUCGCGCGGCGCGGCGUGGCUGGCGCUGGACGCGGCGCCGGGCGAGCGCGCGCCGCCCGCGCUGCUGCCCGCCGCGCCCGAGCCCGCCCCGCGCGCCGCGCUGCACGUCGGCGGCCUGCCCGAGGGCGCGACCGAGCUGACGGAGGGGCGCGAGAAUUUCAAGGGCUGCAUCCGCGACGUGGUGGUGGGCGGCGCGCCGCGCGACUGGCGCUCCGCGCGCGCGCUGCACAACGUGCUGCUGGACUCCUGUCCCGUCGCCACCUGAGCUGCGCCUCGCUUCAGUCUGUGUUAUCCGAUGUGGCGCUGAAGUGCCUUAUGAAUGAGACUAUUAGGAAUGAGUUUUAUACAUUUUAGUAGGCAAAAAAUGAUUAAAAGCCACGAGUGCCAUCGACUUAAAAAAAUUAAGGUAUUUUUAUGAAAAAUACACAAAUGUAAUCUUAUACAUACCCUGGAACUACUAUACUUAAGCAUACGAGGCUAUCUCUAGAGGCUGAUAGAGCGAUGUUUUAAAUGUAAAUAUUUCAAACUUAAAUAACGAUUUAAUCUGUGGUCAUAUAUUUUUACACUACAAUUACUUUGUCAAUCAAUAAUUGUCUGAAAGUACCUAUACAAAUUUCUUUUUCAUUAUACGACAUCAAAGAUAUACGAAUCAAAUAACUUUAUUAGAUAUUAUCUCAUUUUCCAUCGAUAUGAUUUUAAAAUUACAAGUACCACAGGUAAAAAAUAAUCGUUUUAUACAUCAUUUCUCUGUAUAGUGUUCUCCACAGAUAAUGUAUAUUAAUUAAUGUUGUCAUCAUUAAAAAGUGUACAUACGUAUAAGCUAACGUACUUACUAAUAACAAACAGUAUUCGUAUGAUAAUUGUAAAUAUAUUUAGUUGAAUUUAAUAAAACGUAUUUCAUAAUUAUGACAAUGGGUAAAGAAAUAAUAUUCAACGUAACAACACUCAAUGAGUUAUAGAAGUUAUAUUUUUCCUCGUGAAAACAUACGGGCGAAGAGCGAAACUUGAAUUAAUAA